AAUCAAAACAUUUUAACCAAACAGCAAAAUCAAAAUCAAAAUCCAAAGCUAAAAAACAGAUACUAUCAGAUAACAUCAAAAUAUAUAGAGACACAACAAAUACAACAUUUAUCUAUACUAGAGUUUAUUACUAUGGCUUUUGAUGAAGAUAUGAAAAUGGCGUCUUUCUUAAGAGAAGAAGAAGAACAACACUAUUCUUUAUCAAGACUCUCCGUUUGUUCCAACUACGACGGCGAUGAAGCCGACGGUGAGUCUUCUGCUUCCGACGAGAAACGUGUUGUCCACGGCGGAGGGGAGAAAUCCAUGGAGGAGCUAAAUUUUUCAGAUUCUGAUAAAGAAUCAACCGGUUGUCAAUCUCUCCCGGCGACACCUCCGAGACGGAGACGGCGGAGAGGCGGUGGAGGAGGAGGAUAUUUAGCGGUGAGUUCUCCGGUUUCCGGCGAUAAAGCUUACGCUAGCGAGAACGAAGUACAAAAGACGAAUAACAAUCAGAGGAGAAGGAGGAGAUUGAAACCGGAGUGUCCACCGUGGGUUGAUAGUAUGCGGAGGAGCUACGUCGGAGAUGAACAGAGUAGUCACGGUGGUUACGGAGGAGGAGUGGUGGUUGUUACGAGGCCUAUAGGAGGAGGAAGGCCAUUGUGUAUGGAUUUAGAAGAAGUCAAAGCUUGUAAAGAUUUGGGGUUUGAGCUUGAACCGGGUCGGGUUUCGUAUUCCGGGUCAACGGUGGAUACUAGUAGUGGCGGCAAUUCUCCUAUCUCUUCUAACCACCGUAUUUCGAGUCCCGGGGAUGAUCCAAAAGACGUGAAAGCGAGGCUUAAGGCGUGGGCUCAAGCUGUGGCUUUUGUGUCCACUACUCAUCAUCAACCUCCUAAUUCUUUAUGAUUCACUUUCUUACAAAAAAAAAUUCACUUCAAAAAAAAAAUAAAAAAAAAUUGCAUGCAUUUUCGAGUUUCAUUUUUGAAAAAUUAUUUUCGGGUUUUUGAUUUGCUUAAUUUUUUUUUUACAGAUUUUGUUCUGUUUUUGUGUGUUGACGGUGAGAUUUUGGCAAUUGAUAUAUGGUCAUAAGCCAAAAGUAUAGAGUUAAAUAAGUUUGAUGAUUGACUUCUCCAGCAUUGUAAUAUUUAACAUUUUACAUUAUUGAAAAAAUUAUACUA